UAGUGACGUAACACACCUUCUCGCCAUUUUCACUGAGAGGCAGUCGUGUGUUCAGAAAACCAGGAUUGGACUCAGCAUAGAUACAUAAAUUGUAUUUUAACACAAACAGCGUUUCGCCGGACGGAUAAACAGGACAUUUGUCAGUCCAAAACGGUCGCAACAUGUCGUCAGAAAACCUGGACUCAGACACUCAGAUUGACUACGAAGACGAAAAACAGGAUUCCCAGGAGAAGAACAGCAGUCCCAUCAAGUCUGAGGAAGCCAAGCUGAAGGCCAAAUACCCCAGCCUGAACCAUAAGCCUGGAGGCUCUGACUUCCUUAUGAAGCGGCUACAGAAAGGGCCAAAGUACUUUGACUCGGGGGACUACAACAUGGCCAAGGCCAAGAUGAAGAACAAGCAGCUCCCCGUGGCUGGGCCCGACAAGAACCUGGUGACCGGGGACCACAUUCCCACGCCACAGGACCUGCCCCAGAGGAAGUCCUCCCUGGUUACCAGCAAGCUAGCCGGCUAGCCUCCACGAUCUGAGGAACGCCCCCUCAACCAUCGGCCCCCCCCCCCUGGGGCUCUUGAGAGCUGCUUGCCACCCCCUCACCUUCACUUCCCAAGAUGUCCGUCUUCUCACGCCCUCCCUUCUCCCCUCCUCAUGCUCCUCUCUUUCAUUUAUCUUCUCCCACUCCUCCCCCUCUCUACUCUCCUCUCCCUUCCUCUUCCUCCUCCUCCUCCUCUUCCUCCCCCGCUGAACCCCACAGGCACUCCUUGGCUUAACAUAUCAUAUUUAAGCUCCAUUUGCGUGUGUGUCUGUUUGGCUGUGUGAGUGAGUGGGAGAGAGGAGAUGCAUCUGCGACCCUUCUCUCUCUCUCUCUCUCUCUCUCUCUCUCU